AUGUGUGUGUUCCGAUGGCUGGAGGGAGGCGGCAGCAGGCGGGCGGGGGAGGGGGGCUGCAAAGCAGACUCAAACGUGGUCCUGUUGUCAGAUCUGUGUUUUCUUCUUGUCAAUCUGCUCCGAUUGGGGAGACGUGUCUGGCUUCUCAAGCAAUCAGUGCGCAGGCGCAUAUCAUUCCCGAGCCCCAGUGAAAUGCUCUUGGACGUAGGAAGGGGAUCACCCUCUUUCCCUGUCUGUGUCUCCUUCCCUCUCUCUCCUCCCCCCAACUCUCUCUUUUCCUCUGCUUAGUCCAGGCCCCCUUCUUGUUUUUAACGUCGCCUACUCCCUAGGAAACAGUAUCCCCCCCCCAGCUCCCGCUUCUCUAACCAGGCUCUCUGAAGCCAGUUCUGCCUGUUGAUUACUCCCUCCCCCCCUUUCCUUGCUUGAUUUCAAACCUUUGGAUGGUGUUUUGGUGUCAUUAGGAGAUUAUCAUCCCUGGAGCUCCAGAAAGAGGGGGGAGGGAGAGGCUGGCAUAAUAACACAACUGAGAUUUUGACUCUGUCCUGCAGCCAUCCCAGCGAUCUCUGGCUACCAGGUUGCAUCUGGGGGUGGCUGGAUCCCUCCCUAGGGCUGCUUCUGGUUGCUAGUAGAUUGGCUCUGGUUGCCGGCUCCUAGGAGGCUUUGCAGCUGGGGGUUGCCGGCUCCUAGUUGGCGGCUGCUGCUGCUCCAGCUCGCAGCCCCACUCGCUCGCUCUCUCUCUCUAUGAGCAGAGAGGCAGAGGAGCAGCAGCAGCAGCAGGGGACGCCAGGAGGAGCAUUCCUUCCCCGGGGUUUAUGAAUGGCACUGACAUGGAGGAAAUACCGUUUCAGAAAGUCAAGACCAAGAGGAAGAAGUGCUGCCACUGCUGCUGCUCCCCUCCGGCCGCGGCGGGCGCCGGGCUGGGGGGAUCCCCUCCGCUGCUGCUGCUGGAUGCCAUCGCCUGCGAGGACGAGUUCGACUGCAAGGAGCUGGAGUCCCUCUUCCAGAGCUACAACCUGAAGCUGGAGCAGACCUCCACCCUCAAGGCGCUGGCCGUGCUCAUCGUGCUGACCGCCAGCCUGGCCCUGGUGGAGCUGCUCUCCGGCCCCAGCCUGACCAUCUCCAAGGGCUCGCACCCGGUGCACUGCAUCAUCUUCCUCUCCCUCUUCAUCGUCACCAACGUCAAGUACCUGCAGGUCACCCAGCUGCAGCAGAUCGUCAAGCUCACCCUGCUCUUCAGCUUCACCUUCUCCUUCCUCUGCUGCCCCUUCUCGCUGGGCGCCUACGGCCUGGAGCCCCCCAGCGCCCCCGAGCAGGGCAUGUGGCAGCUCAUGCUGGUCACCUUCGUCUCCUACUCGCUGCUGCCCGUGCGGACCCUGCUAGCCAUCGUCUUCGGGCUGGUGGUGGCGGUAUCCCACCUCAUCGUCACCGCCACCUCGGUCAGUGCCAAGAGGCAGCGGCUCUGGAGGACGCUCAUGGCCAAUGCUAUCCUGUUUGUCAGUGUAAAUUUGUAUGGGGUCUUUGUGAGGAUUUUGACGGAAAGGGCUCAGAGGAAGGCAUUCCUUCAAGCCAGGAACUGCAUAGAAGACAGGCUAAAGCUGGAGGAUGAAAAUGAAAAACAGGAGCGUCUCCUGAUGAGUCUUUUGCCCAGGAACGUUGCCAUGGAAAUGAAGGAAGAUUUCCUGAAGCCACCCGAAAGGAUUUUUCACAAGAUUUACAUUCAGAGGCAUGACAAUGUUAGCAUUUUGUUUGCAGACAUUGUGGGGUUCACUAGUUUGGCAUCACAGUGCACUGCUCAAGAGCUGGUGAAGCUUCUGAAUGAACUCUUUGGCAAGUUUGAUGAAUUAGCUACAGAAAACCACUGCAGAAGAAUUAAAAUUCUAGGGGACUGUUACUAUUGUGUAUCAGGAUUGACACAGCCCAAAACGGACCAUGCCCACUGCUGUGUCGAAAUGGGACUGGAUAUGAUUGACACCAUCACGUCUGUAGCAGAAGCCACUGAAGUGGAUCUCAACAUGAGAGUUGGACUACACACAGGCAGGGUGCUUUGUGGGGUCCUAGGUCUCCGCAAAUGGCAAUAUGAUGUCUGGUCAAAUGAUGUGACUCUAGCAAACGUAAUGGAAACUGGAGGAUUGCCUGGGAAAGUUCACAUAACAAAGACCACCUUAGAGUGCCUAAACGGUGACUAUGAGGUAGAACCAGGGUAUGGCCAUGAAAGGAACAGUUUCUUGAAGAAGCAUAAUAUUGAAACAUUUUUUAUUGUGCCAUCCCAUCGAAGGAAGAUAUUUCCAGGACUGAUUCUCUCAGACAUAAAGCCUGCCAAAAGAAUGAAGUUCAAAACAGUCUGCUACCUGCUGGUCCAGCUCAUGCAUUGUCGUAAGAUGUUCAAAGCCGAGAUACCUUUCUCCAAUGUCAUGACAUGUGAGGAUGAUGAUAAGAGAAGAGCAUUAAGAACAGCCUCUGAAAAACUCAGGAAUCGUUCCUCUUUUUCUACGAAUGUGGUAUACACCACCCCAGGAACUCGAGUAAACAGAUACAUCAGCCGUUUGAUAGAGGCCCGGCAAACUGAGUCCGAGAUGGCUGACUUGAAUUUCAUUACCCUCAAGUAUAAACAAAUUGAACGUGAGCAUAAAUACCACCAGCUUCAGGAUGAAUACUUCACCAGUGCUGUAGUUCUUUCACUAAUUCUAGCUGCCUUAUUUGGCCUUGUCUACCUUCUAAUAAUCCCACAGAGUACCAUAGUCCUUGUCCUCCUGGUGUUCUGCAUAUGCUUCCUAGUGGCUUGUAUUAUGUACCUACAUGUCACACGAGUACAAUGUUUUCCAGGGUGCCUGACAAUACAGAUUCGUACCAUUUUAUGUAUUUUUAUUGUGAUCUUAAUUUACUCUGUGGCUCAAGGGUGCGUGGUUGGAUGCAUGCCUUGGGUAUGGAGUACAAAUUCCAGCAGUUCCAUUGUUAUCAUUUCUCCCGGUGGAAUGAAUAAAACAAUGAAUGAACUUCCAUGUGAUACAGCCCAUUAUGCUUUCCUUUCCUGCGUUGUGGGGACUCUUACCUUGGCAAUAUUUCUACGUGUCUCUUCCUUGCCAAAAAUGAUCCUCCUGCUUUUUGUUACUAUUUUGUACAUAGUUGUUCUGGAACUCAGCGGAUACAGAAAAGCAGUAGGGGGUGGCUCCUUUUAUAUGCGUGGCUAUGAACCUAUAUUAGCCAUUUUGCUGUUUUCUUGUGCUUUGGCACUUCAUUCCAGGCAGGUGGACUUGAAGUUACGUCUGGACUACCUCUGGGCGGUGCAGGCAGAAGAAGAGAGAGAUGAUAUGGAGAGAGUAAAGCUGGAUAAUAAAAGAAUUCUCUUCAAUCUCUUGCCAGCACAUGUUGCACAGCACUUUCUUAUGUCUAACCCUAGGAACAUGGACCUUUAUUACCAGUCAUAUUCACAAGUGGGAGUGAUGUUUGCUUCCAUCCCAAAUUUCAACGAUUUCUACAUUGAACUGGAUGGCAAUAACAUGGGAGUGGAGUGUUUACGCCUCUUAAAUGAAAUUAUUGCUGAUUUUGAUGAGCUUCUGGACAAAGAAUGUUAUAAGGACAUAGAAAAGAUCAAGACAAUUGGCAGUACAUAUAUGGCAGCUGUAGGACUUGUACCAACUACAGGAACUAAGGCUAAAAAAUCAGUUGAUUCCCACUUGAGUACACUGGCAGAUUUUGCAAUAGAGAUGUUUGACGUUCUUGAUGAAAUCAACUAUCAGUCUUAUAACGACUUUGUCCUCCGAGUUGGUAUUAAUGUUGGGCCUGUAGUGGCAGGAGUUAUUGGGGCCAGAAGACCACAAUACGAUAUCUGGGGCAACACUGUAAACGUUGCCAGCAGAAUGGACAGUACUGGAGUGCAGGGUAAAAUUCAGGUGACAGAAGAAGUUCAGCGGAUAUUAAAGAGGUGCACUUACGAGUUUGAGUGCCGAGGUAAAGUCAGUGUAAAGGGAAAAGGCGAAAUGUUGACCUAUUUUCUUGAAGGAAAGGCCAAUGGAAAUAAUUCACAACCACGGUCUUUAAACUUAGAGCGGAAAAUGUACUCCUACGGGAGAACAAACGUUCAAACCAAACUGGGCACCAGUUGUCCGUCAGUGUCCUCAGUCGCCAGCUUUACUGUAAAAGCUGGGCUUGGAGCACUUCAAGCAUCAACAACCCACACAAAUCAAACAUUACAUUACCUUCCUUCUGUGCCAGCUGUGAAAGAAGCAUAGAGCAGAGAAAAUUUGGUUACGGCAUUCGCAGUGAACCCAGAGAGCAGAGGUUGCCUGAAUUUUCACCAGGAGGUCAAGGAUCAUAGGCCAUGGCAUCAACCAAGGAUCACUACAACCCAACCAAAGAGAACUUGGGAACUGCAUAAACGAACUCUUGGAAUGGAACAAAUAAGGGCUAGCAAUUCUGUUAGGAAAAGUCCAAACCCAAUUUUUUGGAAAUAGGGAAUAUUUUCUUGGCAUUUUUAAAGGAUAAAUGCUAUAAUUGAAAAAAGCGUACACGUGACACUGUAUUUGUGUGUGUAUAUGUAUAUAUUAAAUCUAUAUAUGCACAUAUACAAACACUCCUAUAUAGAGAGAGAUAAUAGAGAUUUAUAUAUAUAUAAAAUAUGUAUUUAUUUACACACCCACCUGCAAUGGCAUAAGGGAGAGAUUUCUCUUACCACCAUAUUCAGUAUUGUUGGGUCUGAGGUUAGUAAAACUGCUAUUAGGAAAGGAGGGUGAGAUGAUUGAAAAUUAUCUGGGGCUAUAGCAAGCGUUAUGGAAACCUUGCUCCACUGCUUGAAAUAAGGAAAAAAGAAUUCGUCAGCGACUGGUAAAUGAAGGCUGAAUUAAAGCCAACUGCUAAAUUGAGGUAUCUUUUAAGUUUUAUUUGCAUGUUCAGUAGCUUUGAAUGCUUUCCAGUUACAAUUACAGCACAAUGCUAUGAGCUAGACAAGAGACAGCGCUUAGGAAUUUGAC